GGUAGUGCAGCCGAACGGGCGGCGCAGGAGGCCACGAAACUACGAAUGCCUUCCGGGGUAGCGAACCCGCCGCAUGUCUCUCCGCCUCCUCCUCCCACCUCGCGGCAGCCUACGCCUCCUUUCCCCUCUCCGUCGCCACCAGACCCCAAGGCCUCCGCCCUUUCGAACGACUGCCACCGGCGUCCCACAGAGGGCCUCUAGUUUCUUCAGUAUCCCUAUCCGCGCCUUCACCAGUAUCUCCGGCAUGGCUGCUGGGACGCAGCAGCAGACCGUGGAGGUUAGGGAGAGCGUGGAGCUGACGGAGGAGGAGGAGCGGAUCUUCGCUAGGCUGCUGGACGUCGUCCGCCACUUCGGACUCGGCACCCAGCUCCGCGUCGCCGGGGGAUGGGUCCGGGACAAGCUAUUGGGGAAAGGCUCUGCUGACAUUGACAUUGCACUUGAUAAUAUGACGGGCCAAAAUUUCUGUGAGAGAGUAAAUGAGUACUCAAAAUUCAUGGGUGAAGAGCAGAAAGGAAUCGGCGUUAUCCAGUGCAACCCUGAUCAAUCCAAGCACCUGGAAACUGCAAGAAUGCUUAUAUAUGGCAUAUGGAUUGAUUUUGUCAACUUGAGGUCCGAAAAGUACGCUGAAAACAGUCGUAUUCCUACUGUGGAGAUUGGAACAGCCAAAGAAGAUGCACUCCGCAGGGACCUAACAAUCAAUAGCUUAUUCUUCAAUAUCAACACUAAAUCAGUGGAAGAUUUAACUGGAAGAGGUCUUGAAGAUCUGAAAAAGGGCCUCAUUGAUACUCCUUUACCUGCCAAGUCAACUUUCCUGGAUGACCCCCUCAGGGUUCUUAGAGCAAUUCGGUUUGCUGCUAGAUUCAGCUUUACAUUAGCUGAAGAUUUGAAAGAAGCGGCUUCUGAUGAAAAGGUGAAGUCUGAACUUGGUAGCAAGAUUAGCAGAGAACGAAUUGGUCAUGAGGUAGACCUCAUGAUGUCAGACAAACACCCUGUCAAUGCACUGUGCCAUAUCCAUGAUUUGGGAUUGUUUUAUGUUGUUUUUGCUUUUCCUGAGAAACUAGAGCCUCCAGCUCUUGACAAACAUGAUUGGCUUUGUGUUUCACAUCUUGAAGCAGCAUGGAAUCUUGCACAUUCUAUUGGCCGUUCUGUGUUCAGUGGUGGUUCUGAUUCCAAGUCACAGGAUGAACAGCAAAGGCUUUGCCUGUAUAGCGCGCUAUUUACUCCAGUUCGAAAUAUGUUCUACAUGGACAAAAAAUCAAAGAAGGUUCCAGUUGUUAGCUAUAUUAUUCGGUACUCUCUAAAGCUGAAAGCUAGUGAUGCUGACACGAUUGUGAACAUACAUGUUGCGAGUGAAAAGUUUGCUGAAUUAAUUCUUCUCCUGGAGUCAAAUGAGAAUCUGGAAACUGUGAAAGAGAAGCUGGAUGAUGAAUAUCUAGAGAUACCAACAGACUUAGUGAAACGUGUUUUUGCAGGACUUAUACUUCGUGAAAUAAAAGGUUUUUGGCGUGUGGCACUGUUUAUCUCAACUCUUGUCUAUCCAGAAGUGGGCAAUGCCAGCGAUUCCCUCGGCAAGCAGGAUGAACUAGAUAAAAUGAAAGAGAGAUACAUCAGUGUGGAGCGAUCAAUAACUGAACUUGAUCUUGAUGGCGUAUGGAAAAUGAAGCCGUUGCUUGAUGGAAAGGCCAUUAUGGGGGUCAUGCAGGUCAAGUCCGGAGGUCCCUUGAUUGGAAAAUGGCAACAACGGCUAGUCAAGUGGCAGCUUGCGCAUCCUCAGGGAACUAUGGAGGAGUGCAUGGAGUGGAUGAAGCAGUCGGAACAGCAGUCAAAACGCCAGAAAAUAGAAUGCAGCACUUGAGCAUCAUUGACUGACAUUUUGAUUUUGAGCUUAGGCAGUCCUUAGAACUCAGUGAUAGGUCACAAACUUCACAUGGUCUCUGUCCGUGGGUCUCUGUCCGUUGAUCUUGAUUGCUUUGCCACCAUGGCUACUUUUGCGUUCCUGGUUUCCUUCCAUUGGAGAUGGAUGGGACGUUACUCUCUGACAUGUACUCCCUCCGUGCCAAAAUAAGUGUCAACUUUGUAAUAACUUUAGUACAAAUUUGUACUAAGGUUGAGACACUUAUUUUGGGACGGAGGAAGUAGUAAAAUAGAUUUUCUCCACCAGAGUCUAUUUGAGCCUUGUAUUGAAUAUGUUUCUCCAACAAAAAAGUAUGGAUUUUUUUACUUCGAAAAAGGCAAUGCGAGAACAUCAUGAUGUAA